UUCACAGGAAAAGAAAAAAGAAAAGAAAAGAAAAGAAAAAUCUUACUUCCUCGUAUCGUAUCUCUAUCUCGUUACCCCUUUUGCGCUCUAAUGUCAUCCAAAACCAAAAGCAAAACCAAAACGAAGAAGAAGACUUGUAUCUGAUUACUUCCCAUUUCUCAACCAAACCAGAAGUUAAAGUAGCAGCAAAAAAGACAUAUAUACAAUGCUGGGAAAAGCUCAUUCUCCACUAUUGAACUUAGACUUGAACCCAUCCAUCAUCCACCAUGGACCCACAACCUCAUUCCCUCUCUCUCUCAACCUUUGGAACUUGGGAACUCAGAGGUUUGGUUCUUCUUCUUCUUGUAGUUGCAAAUCUAUGGCCAUUGAUUUUGAGAAAUCAGAGGAUUCCCACCACAAACCUCAACCCCCAGAUGCAGUAGCUGGCACUCCAACAAUUGUGCGUUCCACGACGAGUUUUGGGAGAUUGAAAGUACAAAGAGCAAAAAUUCCCCGGUUCGUAGAAAGACAAGAACAAGAUGAACAUUUACCUUUGGCAUUUGAUGAUGAAUCUGUUGAUGUUGGCUCGAAUGCCGGGGUUGAGCUCGUGAAGGGAGCAGGAGUUUCAAGCCAUUCUCGGUGGCAACGAUCCGGGGACAAGUCAUCUGAGACUAGAAAACACAGCAGUGCAAAGGCUCCAGCUCCUAGAAGAUGGAAUUUAAGACAUGACUCACUAGACCUAACCCAACGGUCAAAAUCAACCUCUGGUGCUGCUGACUUUUUUAGUAGGAAAUCCUUUAGAGAUGUAGGCUGCUCCGAUUUUAUGAUUGAAUGCCUGAGGAAGCUGAAUUUUCAACGCCCCUCAAAUAUUCAG